GCAGCCCCCUGCAGUUCUACGUGGACGCGGUGGACGCGCGGCACGUGAGCGCCUACGGGGCCGGGCUGAGCCACGGCGUGGUGAACAAAGCGUGCAGCUUCACCGUGUGCACCAAGGGGGCUGGAGAGGGCGGUCUCUCCCUGGCGGUCGAAGGCCCCUCCAAGGCAGAGCUCAGCUGCCAGGACAACCAGGACGGCACCUGCACCGUUUCCUACCUGCCCACAGCGCCCGGCGACUACAGCGUCAUCGUGCGCUUUGAUGACGAGCACAUCCCGGGGAGCCCCUUCACCGCCAAGAUCACCGGUGACGACUCCCUGCGCACGUCGCAGCUCAACGUGGGGACGGCCACCGACGUGUCGCUCAAGAUCUCGGAGACGGACCUGAGCCAGCUGACCGCCACCAUCCGCGCCCCGUCGGGCACCGAGGAGCCCUGCCUGCUCAAACGCCUCCCCAACCGGCACAUCGGGAUCUCGUUCACGCCCAAGGAGGUGGGCGAGCACGUGGUGAGCGUGAGGAAGGGCGGGCAGCACGUCACCAACAGCCCCUUCAAGAUCGUGGUGGGGCCGUCCGAAAUCGGGGAUGCCGAGCGCGUGAAGGUGUGGGGAGCAGGGCUGAGUGAGGGCCGCACCUUCCAGCUGGCACAGUUCGUCGUGGACACGCGCAGUGCUGGUUAUGGCGGGCUGGGGCUGUCGGUGGAGGGGCCCAGCAAGGUGGACAUCCACUGCGAGGACGCCGAGGACGGCACCUGCAAGGUGUCCUACUGCCCCACUGAGCCCGGCAGCUACCGGCUCAGCGUCAAGUUCGCCGAGCGGCACGUGCCAGGGAGCCCCUUCACGGUGAAGGUGAGCGGCGAGGGCCGCGUGAAGGAGAGCAUCACCACCAACCGGCAGGCCGCAUCCAUCGCAGCCAUCGGCAGCGCCUGCGACCUCAACCUCAAAAUCCCCGGUGAGGAACGGGGGGGGGACGGGGGGG